AUGUAUGGUGCAGUGGUGAAUAAGAUUUGUGUACCGGGUGUCCUAAAAAAGGUACGCCGUUUGAUUUAAUAUAACGUAAAAAUUAAAACUACAAUUACACUCAAAUAAGCAUUAUUGAUCAUCUUCCUCCCACAUGAAGACAAUUUGACCAAACUCCCCUAUUCCUUGUGCCCGUUUAGUUCAGUUUUGUUCAUUUGUUGUUCUUUAAUUUGUAGUAUGGCCAUACUACAAAAAUGGAAGAUUUUCUGAUUUGGACAUGAAUUUCUGGACAAUAAUUAUUUAUUGCAAAACAAAGAGUAUCUGACUUGAAUAAAACAGCAAUUGAGGAAUUACGAAUUUUUAAAAAUUUAUUCCCAACAGCCGUUGCUAUGGCAACAAUGAUGUUCCAAUACGGCGGAUAUUUUUGGUUUAAGGUAAUUUAACUUGAAAAUAAGGUCGGUGACACCCAUUUUUUAUAGCAUGAUUUCUUUUAGCAUUUUGAAUCAUUUUCGUUAUUUAAAAAAUCCCGUCAUGCCAAAAUUUCAUGACUAAGCGGGCUUUGUUUGUCUUUUAACAUAUACGAAUUCUGGAAAAAUUGGGUCUAGAUCUUUCAUUUUCUAGUAAACUGUAGGGAGCUAGCUACCUUAAAAGGACAGCUGACAGGAACUAAGCCAUCUUACCUGCAUACAUAUUGAUUCGUGUUGUUCAGCUGAGCGACAGCGUUCUGAAUGUAGUUAGUUUUAAGGUGGGCUCUUCUAAACGAAGCUCAUUCUGGUAAGCUCACAGGAAUUUCUUGGGCCUCGCGGCAGAUUUUAUACUGUAGUCUUCCUCAUGUAAUCCAAAACAUCCAAUAAUUGGCACGCCUGAAAAAGUAAUAAAGAUUUCUCAUUUUUGUAGGAAAACGAUGAGCAGUUAACUCAAAAUGAAGACUUUCGUAAGCUUACGCGAGUGAGAAAUGAUGACGCUGCGUUCGAAAAAAUAAAAUUCAAUUUUACAAAAUCGGUAUUUUUCUACAAUUCCCUGAUAGUUUGUCUCGGCAGUAAUAUUAAUUCGACGAAUAGCGAACCGUACCAAACUCAAACUACUUUAUUCCAAGAUAAAUACACCACAAGUAUCACAGUUAUCUAUAUUAAUGGUAAAAUGAAAUUGCUCAAGGAUGACUUCUCUCAAAUACUAUACGAUUCCGCCGCCAUAUUGGAUACGAACGGUAAUGGAUAUUACAUUCCGAAAGGCUCAUCGGCAAACAUCGCCAUCAGUCGGCAAAAAUCGAAGGCACCCAAUGGUAAAACGCCCACCGAAGCUAGAUAUGCAACAGUCUGGCUUGAUCACGGUAUAAACCCUGUUUCAGCAAGUUAUGAAUAUGCGAUACUCGUCGCAACCGAUGUUGCUGGCAUAGAAGCCUUUCAAAAAGCUCAGAUCUCUGACUCGCCAGUUUAUGAAGUACUUCAUAAAAAUUCCGCUGCUCAUGUGGUACGAUUUACAGACAAAACAGCAAGCCCAAGUAAAACGUAUGGUUAUAGUUUCUUCAAGAAAAACGUGCGUUUGACCGAAGGUCCUAUCAGACAUGUCAGCGCCGAGUGCAUAGUUAUGGCCCAAAUCGAUAGGGUGAAUUUUUCAAACAUAAAUAUAAGUAUCAGCUCUCCUGAUCUAAACUACAACACCUCAAAAGUGCUCAUACAUAGUAAAGAUAAUGGUAUUAACGAGUAUUUCUACAUGAGAAGUCAGCCCGUGAAUAUAUCCGCCUAUCUAAGCAGACCAGUAAUUCUAGAUAGAGUGCUCGUCAAUGGAAAACCCGUGGAAAAAUCACUCUAUGGUCAUUAUAUAGCUGUGAAACCUGAUGACCCGCAACAGCCUGCAUUAAAAGGGAGGGAAAUCGUCUUCAAAAGUCUUUAA